AUGGAUUUCAACAUGCCCUUUAUAGAUAUAGCAUUUCAAGCCGAAAUAAGCAGAUUUGAAGAUCCGGAUUUUGAAGAAUGUGCCCUCCGUAACUGUAAUGAGGAUCCGAAGACCAGGCAAAUAGUUAUAGAGGAGUUAAGAAACUUGAUAUUCCGUAUAAACAUUCGUUUCAUAUUUAUUUGUAGGUACUUCUCAAGGUCCUUGUAUGUUACAGAGAGAGGAGAAUGCAAUCCACGCCGGACUGAUGAUGCAUAUCUCCUUCGGUUCCUGAGAUGUCGAAGAUUUAUUCCGGCUCUUGCUCAUAAAUUGAUGGUACGAUAUGAAGACUUCCGCCGUAAGAACAUACACCUAUACCACUGCAACCCGUUCGGUCUCCAUCGAGUAAAGGACGUGUAUGGAGGCACGUUUCCCGACAGUCCAGUGAAUGGCAGAAUCACGCUCAUGAGAUUUGGUCUAUGGGACAUAGAAAAAGUACCAAUAGAAGAUGUAGUGCGCUGCGCUCUCGUAAUGGACGAAGUGGCGGCGCUGCAACCAAAAUUACAAAUUCUAGGUGUCACCAUUAUAGUUGACUUGGAAGGCCUCAGUAUCCGUCAUGUGAAAAAUCUGACGCCUACAAUCGCGAACCAGAUCGUCAGCCUUAUGGGAGUUUCAUUUCCAAUCCCGAUUCACGGAAUCCACAUCAUCAGGUACAACUGGUUCUUGAAUACCUUCUUUUACAUAUUCAAGCAGUUCAUACCAACAGCAGCGUGGGAGCGUCUUCACUUCCACGGCUACGAUAUGUCCUCACUUCACAAGCACAUCGAUCCCGAGUACCUCCCCCCCGAAUAUGGAGGAAGAUGUAGACACGUUGUUUCAUUCGAGGAAUGGGUCACAAAAGUUGACAAAUACAAGGACGACUUUAUGGUACAAGAAUUUAGAGCGUUAGGAUUUACUGUCAAAUAAAAAUCAUU